UGAAAAAUGAUCCUGAUGAUCCUAUAUAAGGACGUGAUUGAGCAAUGCAGCGAUCAGCCAAUCUCUUCUUUAUCAAGGACAGCAGAAGUUUGGAAGUGUUGGCUUGAGAAAUCGAAUCAUGACGGACAUGCAGAUCGUUCCCGCUUACAAGACAAAUGUGGAGGCACAGUAUGUGGAGAUGAUGGUGCCUCUGUAUUCCUAUGGCUGUGAGAAGAAGAUCAAGAAGGCAUUGGCUCAUACAAAGGGGAUAUACUCGGUGAACGUGGACUACAACCAGCAGAAGGUGACAAUAUGGGGGAUCUGCAACAAAUACGACGUGCUGGAGACCAUGAGGACCAAGAGAAAAGAAGCUCGUUUCUGGAACCCUGAAGACAACAGUGCAGAUGACUUGGAAUCUCGUAAGGGCACCGACGAUGUUAAGCAUCUUAUCAAGUCCAGGUCUCUGAGCUGGAGAGCGUGGAAGAGAGUCUUCACGAGAUCCAAUUCCUUUUGAAAGAGCACGUCAAACCAAUAAAAAAUUGCUUAUAAUCUUGAAUUGCGUGUUAAUGGGUACUUAAUGAUUCCUGUUGUGUGCCACUGCUAAAGGCAACGAGAAUGAAUGAAUGUAAAUUUGAGCCAAUGUGCCUUUCAAGUUC